GUUGAUGGCGACUCCGACUCGGGAGCCUCUGUAAGACUCUCCGUCUGUCCGGGAGCCCCUCCCUGGAUUCACAAUGACAUCCUUUCAAGAAGUCCCACAGACUUCCAAUUUUGCCCAUGUCAUCUUUCAAAAUGUGGCCAAGAGUUAUCUUCCUAAUGCACAUCUAGAAUGUCAUUAUACCUUAACUCCAUAUAUCCAUCCACAUCCAAAAGAUUGGGUUGGUAUAUUCAAGGUUGGAUGGAGUACUGCUCGUGAUUAUUAUACAUUUUUAUGGUCCCCUAUGCCUGAAAAUUAUGUAGAAGGAUCAACAGUAAAUUGUGUAUUAGCAUUUCAAGGAUAUUACCUUCCAAAUGAUGAUGGAGAAUUUUAUCAAUUCUGUUACGUUACCCAUAAGGGUGAAAUUCGUGGAGCAAGUACACCUUUCCAGUUUCGAGCUUCUUCUCCAGUUGAAGAGUUGCUUACUAUGGAGGAUGAAGGAAAUUCUGACAUGUUGGUGGUGACCACAAAAGCUGGCCUUCUUGAGUUGAAAAUGGAGAAAACCAUGAAAGAAAAAGAAGAGCUGUUAAAAUUACUUGCCGUUCUGGAAAAAGAAACAACACAACUUCGAGAACAAGUUGAAAGAAUGGAAAGAGAACUUAACCAUGAAAAAGAGAGAGGUGACCAAUUGCAAGCAGAGAAAAAGGAACUUACUGAAGUAACAGAAAAUUUAAAAAUGGAAAAUGAAGAACUUAAGAGAAGAUACAAUUAUGCUACAUCCAAAGCUGUCAAGCUUGAGGAAGAUAUUCUGUUAGUGACAAAUAAAUCAAUUGAAAAAGAAACUGAAUUAGACAGCUUAAAGGACAAACUCAGGAAGGCACAGUGUGAAAGAGACCAACUUGAAUAUCAGUUGAAGACAGAAAAGGAUGAGAAGGAACUUUACAAGGUCCAUUUGAAGAAUAGAGAAAUAGAAAAUACCAAGCUUGUGUCAGAGGUCCAAACUUUAAAGAAUUUAGAUGGGAACAAAGAAAACAUGAUUACUCAUUUCAAAGAAGAGAUUGGCAGACUACAAUUCUGUUUGGCUGAAAAGGAUAGUCUGCAAAGGGCUUAUCUGCUUACCACCUCAAGUAAGGAAGAUACGUUUUUUUUAAAGGAGCAACUUCGUAAAGCAGAGGAGCAGAUUCAGGCAACUCGACAAGAAGUUGUCUUUCUGACUAAAGAACUUAGUGAUGCUGUAAAUGUGCGCGAUAAAACGAUGGCAGAUCUACAUACUGCACGCUUGGAAAAUGAGAAAGUAAAAAAGCAAUUAGCUGAUGCAGUGGCAGAACUUAAACUAAAUGCUAUGAAAAAAGACCAGGAAAAAACUGAUACACUGGAACAUGAACUGAGAAGAGAAGUUGAAGAUCUGAAACUUCGUCUUCAGAUGGCAGCAGAUCAUUAUAAAGAAAAAUUCAAGGAAUGCCAGAGGCUCCAAAAACAAAUAAACAAACUUUCAGACCAAUCAGCCAAUAACAAUAAUGUCUUCACAAAGAAAAUUGGAAGUCAGCAGAAGGUGAAUGAUGCCUCAAUAAACACAGACCCAGCUACUACUACCUCUACUAUAGGUGUAAAGCCACUACCUUCUGCAGCCGAGACAGAUUUUGACAUUGUAACAAAAGGGCAAGUCUGUGAAAUGACCAAAGAAAUUGCUGACAAAACAGAAAAGUAUAAUAAAUGUAAACAACUCUUGCAGGAUGAGAAAACAAAGUGCAGUAAAUAUGCUGAUGAACUUGCAAAAAUGGAGCUGAAAUGGAAAGAACAAGUAAAAAUUGCUGAAAAUGUAAAACUAGAACUAGCUGAAGUAGAGGACAACUACAGACUUCAAUUGGCAGAGAAAGACAAAGAAAUAAAUGGUCUAACUUCACAUUUGGCAAACCUCUCCAGGGAGAAGGAACUUAAAAGGACUCUAGAAAAUCAAGCAGACGGGAACAUGGAAGGUCAGAAUUCCCAGAGUCCUCAGCAGAUCUCACAGGGGCUCAACACAUGCUCAGAGCAAAAUGGUCAUGUUUCUGCAGUACCAGAUACACAACCCGUUCUGCAGUAUGGUAAUCCUUAUGCAACACAGGAGACAAGAGAUGGAGCAGAUGGUGCUUUUUACCCAGAUGAAAUCCAAAGGCCACCUGUGAGAGUACCCUCUUGGGGACUGGGAGAUAAUGUUGUCUGCAGCCAGCCUGCUCGAAACCUUAGUCGGCCUGAUGGUUUAGAAGACCCUGAGGAUAGUCAAGAGGAUGAGAAUGUGCCCACUGCUCCUGAUCCUCCAAGUAAGCAUUUGCAUGGGCAUGGAACAGGCUUCUGCUUUGAUUCCAGCUUUGAUGUUCACAAGAAGUGUCCCCUCUGUGAAUUAAUGUUCCCUCCCAACUAUGAUCAGAUCAAAUUUGAAGAACACGUUGAAAGUCACUGGAAGGUGUGCCCAAUGUGCAGCGAGCAGUUCCCUCCUGACUAUGACCAGCAAGGCUUUGAAAGACAUGUGCAGACCCAUUUUGAUCAGAAUGUUUUAAAUUUUGAUUAGUUACUUUUUGUUAUAAUACAGUUUAGCAGUUUAAAAAAAUCAUCUCAAAUAGACCACUAGGAGCCCACAGGUAAUCACUUCCGUGCACCCUCUCCCGUACUCUUCUGACCAAGAUCUACUUUGAGUUUGGUGUUACUAGGAUUGGGGUGAGUCUUUGGCUUAUCGACAAAUAUAAUUUUAACCUCUUUUAAUCUUACCUGCUUAAGAAAAGAAGUUCUUGGGUGUUUGUAUUUUCAUUUAUUCCCCAGUUUGCAAAAUUAUAUGAUUAAAGGUAACAAGGAUUAUUCUAAUGUUACUGCAUUGGGAAAAAAAAAGUAUUAUAGUUAAUUAUUUAGCAGAAUAUUUACAAGUUUCUGUUGACCUUGUUGGUUGAGCAUGACUACUAAAUAUUAUGUAAUAAUAAAAAGCAUUUAUCAUAACAGCCUUGCAAAGUAAUUCUUUGAAUACAGAAAUUUGCAUAAUGUAGCCCAUGAAAUGAUUUUUUUUAAAGCCUCUUAAGAAAUGAAGCUCUGUGUAGAAUGAGAUCACAUAUGCUUGCAGUAUGGCAAAUAUUCUUUUUAUAUUUGAAGUAUUUGCUUUAGGAAUUAAGGGAAGGCAUAUUUUACUAAUUUUGUGACUAAAUUUUUUUUAGAAUAGCCUGAACAGUUAUGUUUAAACCAUCUUAAAGUUAUAUUUCUAUCCAAGGGGAAAAUGGAACAAGGUAUGUUGUACAAUUGUUUCAUAUUAUAUGAUCUACUACAUAGUGGUGUUUGUGGCAUAAAAUCACAGAAAAUGUAUCCUUUUCCACAUUGUCCUAAUUAGAGUAUAAUUUUGAAAUAACAUUCUCAAUGAUUAAAAAUGUAAUAUGUAAAUAAGUUGUAUUUCUGCCAUGUAUAGUAUUCUCAUUAACAUUAAAGAGGACACAUUUUUGGA